AAAUGGUAGGAGACAUCGCCACGAGAUGGAAAGAAUUGAGCGGUAGUAGCAAGUGGAAAGACCUGCUUGAUCCUCUUGACUUGGAUCUACGCCGUUAUAUCCUACACUAUGGUGAUAUGGCUGAGGUAGGGUACCUUGCCUUUAAUAGUGACCGCCGGUCUAAAUAUGUAGGAGAUAGCUGCUACACCAAAGAAGAGCUCUUUGCUCGAACCGGUUACCUCAAAGCCAACCCUUUCAGGUACGAGGUGACCAAGUACAUAUAUGGAACUUCGUCUAUAAGGUUACCAGAAUGUUUCAUAAUCAAAUCAUUGUCAAGGGAAGCAUGGAACAAAGAGUCUAACUAGUUGGGUUACAUUGCGGUGGCUACAGACGAAGGCAAGAAGUUGUUAGGGAGGAGGGGCAUUGUUGUUGCAUGGCGAGGGACCAUUCAGCUGUACGAGUGGGCUAACGAUUUCGAUUUCCCACUUGAAUCAGCUGUUAUGGUUUUCCCUGGAGCUAACCCGAAUGACGAGCCUCGCGUAGCAAAUGGUUGGCUAUCCCUUUAUACAUCCACUGAUCCACGAUCACGUUUUGACAAGACCAGUGCACAAGAACAGGUUCAAGAAGAGCUCAAAAGGUUACUAGAAUUGUACAAAAACGAAGACGUUACCAUCACCUUAACAGGCCAUAGCUUGGGCGCAGUUAUGUCGAUUCUAUCCGCCGCAGACUUUCUCCAUAACGAAUGGCCUAAGAUCACACCAAGUCUACAACACAGCCUAUGUGUCACAGUAUUUGCUUUCGGGAGUCCCCAAAUCGGUGACCGAAGCUUCAAAAGACUCGUAGAGUCUCUCGAACACCUCCACAUCCUAAGAGUAACAAACGUCCCGGACCUCAUUCCCCGUUACCCCGUAUUCAGGUUCACAGAUAUAGGCGAGGAGCUUCAAAUCAACACAUUAAAAUCAGAGUACCUAAAACGAUCUCUAAACCUGGGACAUUUCCAUAACCUGGAGGCUUACUUACACGGCGUGGCAGGGACACAACACAACCAAGGAGAAUUCAAACUAGAGAUUAACCGAGAUAUAGCACUGGUAAACAAAGGUUUAGAUGCUCUUGAAGAUAAGUACUUAGUACCAGGACAUUGGUGGGUUCUUGAGAACAAAGGAAUGGUUCAAAGUGAUGAUGGGACAUGGAAACUAAAUGGUGACAGGUCAAAGAAGAAACAAGAAGAAGAAGACGAAAAAGAAGAAAACAAUUGCAAAUUCCCAUGA